AUGCUUGUUGGAUGUCACCUUGUCUUAUGGUCACUAGCAGCGCAAGUCCCCUUGGGCUUCUCACCUGAUGGCAAGCAGGAGUCACCGGAACUCGGAUCUCUAUCUAGGACAACUGGAUCAUAUAACUCAGCUAGCCCUCUGGACUCGGGUAGCCUCGACACGACACCUUGGCAGCUUGAUGAGCUACCUCCUGCUAAUGCAACUGGGCACUUUGUGUUUGAAACUGUAAAUUCGUUGCUCCAGCAUUGGCCAAACACGCGCUAUCGGAAUGGCCAUGCAAUUGUUCCGGGUGUCAUUCCAAAAGGCACCUUAUUGUAUCAUGGAGCUUUCAGCGACGAAAUUCCUACGGUUCCUGAGUGGACGGCCACAGAUCCGGAACACUCUGUCCUCUUCUGCCGAGGCUUGUCCGAUACAGGAUGUUGGCAUUUGACGCUUGCAGCAACACGUCCCCUCAAAGUCCUUUAUUUUGACGGGACCAGCGCAGCCAAUACCAGAGAUGGUACUCUCGACACUCAGGAUAUCAUUGCAUGGGGAGAGUUGAGACCCGACUGGUGGUUGAACGAGGUACAGCGCCUCGAAGAUUUGUGCAAAUGGGGUGCACCGUACGCUGUUGAUGGUUAUGUUCGAAUGGAAAUGGAUUUUGAAGUCAUGCUCUGUGAUUUUACGGCUGGCGUAGAAGUUGUCUCCUGGUCUAACCUUGCCAGCCUUGUCAUACCGGUUUCUAUAAUCCCAGGAAUUCCAAAUACAUACAGCAAGUCUCUAUUGAAUCGCAUGUUCGAAGUGAUGCACGCCGGGUCAUGGCACAAUCGAUACCCUGGGGAUACACGAAUUAACCUUGAUUUGGCUGGAAUCGUCUCGCUGUACGACACAACCAUCGCACCAUCACUCGUUGAUUCACGCGCCGGCCAGGAGCGGUGCGACCACCGCGUACAAGGCAUAUCUUCCGUAGAUUUGAAGGUGGUGAGGCAGAGCGUCUCUCGCGCCUUAGAGCGGCAUCAGGGCGACUUUAGUGGCAUCGACUGGAAAACUCUUUUCAGAGUCAUCGUGGAACGUUACUCAGACCGCCUUGACUUGAUGGACUACCUUCUCAAUCACACCUCGGAAAAUGACACGCCUUGGGACCAAGCAAGCAAGGUGCAUGUCCAGCUGCGCGUGAUGCUCACGCCAUACAUUUUCCACACUAGUGUUCCCCCCAGCGCAUCCUAUGACUCAGCUCAUUCCUGGGCGACACCAGUGUUCAAAGCAUGCGGGACUGUGCACACAUCGUCCAUCGCAUCAUAUAGUUCAAGCUUGAACCAUUCCGAACGCCUACUGUUGAAUGCAGUACAAGAAACUACACGCGAGAUAUGUCGCAUUAUCACAAAGAUGUGGGCUGCUGGCGUCGUUGCAGGUCUUGAUCCAUAUCUUCCCCGUGAUUCCCCUUCAGACGCCGCAGAAAUUGCCCGCCUGAUAGAUACGUGGAGGCAAGAAAUAAGUGAUUUGAUGGCUUGGCUUGAUUGGAGCGUGUGGGUUAGGUGUCAUCCAGCUUGCGGGCCUGAGGAAAUGUGCUACCUUCCCACUUGGCCCAUAAACGAGCCGAGAGGUCGGAGGCCAGACCGUCCUCCAUAUAAACAACAUGAUACUAUCAAUGCGUCCUUCCCAGACAGACUAUCUGUCAAGAACGGAUUCCUUAUGCAGCUGGCGGGUUCGCAGGAUGAUGAAUGGAGGAAGCCCCAGCCCAAGUGCAUUAGGCGAGUUGAGCCAUAUGGUUUCUAG